AACCGUAGCUCUAAACUCCACCGAAUCGACGGAAGCCACUGAAUCUCCACCGAGAGAUACAGGGAGAGCGUUUCAAGAUCUCCGCACUUCCAAUCCAACCACUGGAUCAGCGGAAGGCUUCUUCCUCCUCUCUAUCAUCCUGCGAAGAAAGACUCCGGAAACCUUCUUCUUCUUCUUUCCCCAAUCCCGUUCAGACAAAUCUGAUGAAAUCCUCUUCUCCGAUCCUCCCCCAAUUCCCUCCCCAUUAAAACUCCAACCCUAAUGCCCAAACCCUAAAUCAUCUCCCACGGAAACGCUCAAAUCCUAUCUAUAACCAAGAUCCCAUCCAUAUUUUCUUCCCCGAUCUUGAAUCCGUAAAGGCGGGGGCGGAGGUUGAGGAGGAGGAGAGAUGAGCGCUAAGGGGGGAUCAACGCCGUCGCUGGCGACUGGGCGGUUGUUUACGAUCGGGCUGGUGACGGCGUGGUAUUCGUCGAACAUCGGGGUGCUUCUUUUGAACAAAUACCUUCUGAGCAACUACGGGUUCAAGUACCCGAUCUUCCUCACCAUGUGCCACAUGACGGCCUGCUCCCUGCUCAGCUACGUCGCCAUUGCCUGGCUCAAGCUCGUGCCCAUGCAGACCGUCAGAUCCCGCGUCCAGUUCUUGAAGAUCUCCGCGCUCAGUCUCGUCUUCUGUGGCUCCGUCGUCAGCGGCAAUAUCUCCCUUCGCUUUCUCCCCGUUUCCUUCAAUCAGGCCGUCGGCGCCACCACGCCCUUCUUCACGGCGGUCUUCGCUUACGUUAUGACCGUCCGCCGGGAGGCCUGGAUCACUUACCUCACGCUUGUUCCCGUCGUCACCGGCGUCAUCAUCGCUAGCGGGGGAGAGCCAAGUUUUCAUUUGUUUGGGUUUAUUAUGUGCAUUGGUGCAACUGCUGCAAGGGCACUUAAAUCAGUGCUGCAGGGGAUUUUGUUGUCCUCUGAAGGGGAAAAGCUUAAUUCUAUGAAUCUCCUCCUGUAUAUGGCUCCGAUAGCAGUAGUUUUCCUGCUUCCAGCAACAAUUUUCAUGGAGGAAAAUGUGGUUGGCAUCUUAUUAGCACUCGCCAGAAAAGAUUUCAAAAUUACUUGGUAUCUGCUGUUUAACUCUGCUCUGGCGUAUUUUGUGAAUUUGACUAAUUUCUUGGUCACCAAUCAUACCAGUGCCUUGACUCUCCAGGUUCUGGGAAAUGCCAAAGGUGCUGUUGCUGUGGUUGUCUCAAUUUUAAUAUUUAGGAACCCGGUAUCCGUGACGGGGAUGCUUGGUUAUACCCUCACAGUCAUUGGUGUCAUUCUUUACAGCGAAUCUAAGAAACGGAACAAAUGAGAAUUUCCGGAACGCAGAGCAUGUUCUGUUUAUUUUUCCAUGGAUGGCAGCAACUUCCAGAUGCCCGAGAUUGGUCGGCAUGCUUUUAUUAUUUAUUCAUAUGUUGCGCCCUAUUCUUCUGCCAGAAGCCGCACGAUGGUUUCUGUGUGUAUCCAACGAUGACCGACUAGCGAGUAGGUGAAAUGGAUCUCGAUUAAAAGCAGCACCGAUAUGCCUUUAAUUUUGUUAUUCAGGGUCCAUGAUGUGUUCACAACCCCCAUCUUCCAUAUGGAGAUUCAACAGCCUAUAAUUUUUUCAGAGAACUGGGAUCUGCUCAAUUGGCGUUUAACUCCCUUUGAUUAAUUGAUAAAAUAUGUUUCACAUAAUUAUUUCUUUUUCAUUUACCGAUGCUUCUUAUUCUGACAGAUGAUGUAUGCUGACAGAUCCUAAAUUAAGCAUGUGAUCUUGAAUA